AUGGAUGUUGCCGACAAACUCGUAGAUAAAAUCUUCUCCUGGGUGAAACUACAGAGAGAAUGUGCAGAUAAGCUGAGGAAACUGGCCACUGAGCUGAAGGAAAAAAAGAAAAGUGCCAAUGUCACUAAGAUUGUUGGGAGCACAGUGUCUGUAGGUGGUGCAGCUGCAGCAGCAGCAGCAGGUGCUUUAGCCUUCUUUACAGGAGGGUUAGCCAUACCAGUUCUAGCUGCAACAGGAGCAGUAGCAUCAGGGGUUGGUUUGGCGACCAGUGUGGGAUCUGAUAUUGUAGAUGUUGUCAUAUCAAACUGUGCCAUAAAUGACGCAAAGCAGAUUUCAAAGGAGAUUGAGGAUCUUGAAAAGGAACUCCAGAAGCUCACAGGGUCACUGAAAGAGGAACAACAGGCUGGUGAUCAUUCUGAAGAUCAUGUCAUGGAGCGAAUCCUGAGAGCAAUGGCCAAACGCAAUGGACUGAAAUUACCUGAUAAUAUCAGUUUGUACAAGAUGAUGUUUGGAUUGUCCAAAUCGUUCUCUGGGGACAAUAGUGAUGUGAUUCGUUUGGGUUUGACCCUGCUUUUAAAUUUUGUUCAAACUGCGGCAGUGAAAGGGCUGACAACCAUAGUUGGAUAUUCAAUAGGAAAGAAGCUGGCCGCCAAUAUGGGGAAAAAAGCAGCAAACAAGACAGCUGGACGUAUUGCAGGAGGAGCAGUUGGACUUCUGUUCUCAGUUCCUGAGCUGAUUAUCCACUGUCAAAAUGUGAACAACUGUGAGACAGAAAUCAGUCAGAGUCUCAGAGAGAAUGCUGACAUCAUACGGACCGCUGCUGAAGAGCUGGAAAAAGCACUUGAUCAAAUUCGGAGGAUGCUUGAAGAGAUCUCUAAAAGACAACGUGAACAAGAAGAAAAGAGGAGACAACGUGAACAAGAAGAAAGAGAAAAGAGGAGACGACAUCGAGAGCAAAAGGAACUGCUGUUAGGUUGCACAGUGGUUGUUUUCGUUGUCUUCCUGGCCUUCCUUGCUUUCCGUACCUUCCUCAGUGGAAACAGCAGCGUUAGCAAAGAAAGCAAUCAUGAGACCAAUCCGUUGAUAAAUGAUAAAAGAUCCAAGAUCUCAGAGAGCAUCACAGAAAACAACCUGGACCUCUUUGGAACAACUGAAACAUGGUUUCAAAGGGACACCACCAAUGAUGUCUUUGGAGAAUCUGCACCAAAAAAUGUCAAAUAUUAUCGUCAGUCAAGAGACAGUGGAAGGGGAGAGGUGGUGGUUCAGUUUUCACAGGUGAUUAAGGGCAAACAAAUCCUUUUUGACAUCAUUAUGAGUUUAGAUCAUGUCCAGGACAAGAACAGAAACCAGGAGACUUCAGAUGAAUCUCAAACAGAUCAAACACAAGAGGAUAAACGAGGAGAUCAAACUGAUCAAAGCAGAGGUGAACAAGAGAGAGAGAGAGACCAAAAUGAAGAGAGUGGAGGUGAAGAACAGGAAGGUGAUGAUCAGGAAGAUGAUCAGAGAGAUGAUGAGGAUGAAGAGAGUGAUCAGAGUGAAGAGAAGAGCGAUAACAGCACCGUUACCAACAAAACCAAUCAUGACACCAACCAAAGCCCUCGUGGAACAAUAACCAUGGGGUUGCUUAAUGUUCGGUCAAUAAAUAAGAAAAAAUCCAACAUCUCACAGCUUUUGAAACAACUUAACAUGUCUGUCUUUUGCAUAACGGAGACAUGGACCAAAAAGGAAACUGCAGAGAAAGUCCUUAGAGAAUCCUCAGCACAAAAUCACAGUGUUUGUUCUGUGUCAAGGGAAGGUCAAGGGGGAGGGGCAGCGAUUCAGUACCUUUUAUCAUGUAAGCAUCAAAGUAAUCACUCUGACUUCAUUACAACCUUUCAAUAUGUUGCCACAGUCCUGCAACAUGAUGCGUGGGACACAUCUGUCCUGGUCAUCAAUGUGUACCACCCUCCGAAGGACAACUUGACCCGAUUCAACACCUUCCUGAAUGAGUUGCAGAUGCUCUUGGAUGUUUUUGAAAACUCGAACAACAUCAUCAUAACUGGAGAUUUCAAUAUCCACGUCAACAACGACAAAAAGACCUCUACUAAACUCUUUAAAGAAUUUUUGAAGAACAACACACUCCUUCAGCAUGUAAAGGUGCCAACACACAAGGGAAAUAAUACUCUGGAUCUGGUCAUCACCAAAAAUGUUGAAAUCUUCUGUCUGAGUGUCAUCAACUACAAUAUAUCAGAUCAUUGCCUUAUAAAGUUCAAGGCCAGACCAGAGUCUACAAAUGACGAGCAGGUAAAACGAUUCAAAAGUGAACAUCACAGUGGCCCUGAAGGUCAAAACACAACAACAAUUUAGACAACAAAACAAGAAUUGAACAAACACAACAACUUUUCAGAUAACGGAAAGGGAGGGACAACACGUUUGUGAUUGGACAGAACCAGGUAAUUCAGAGUUUAGCUCAACAGCAAAACAAUCAAUUGCAGCUGUGCUGUUGUGUUUUGUGAAAUGUUUUGUUUUUGACCAUUGAACCAUUUUGACCAUUUUAAAUGAUUUGAGUGACUACAGAGAAUCCAUGUCACUUGUUAAAUGAUGUGGUUUGUUUUUCAUGGUGAGAAAGAAAUCAGGACUAUCUUAUUUUUUUUCUUGUUAUCCUGUAAAAUGUUUAAGAGUUUUGUUCUUUAGUGCCAUCUAGUGGCCGUAUGGAAACAAAGUAGAUGAUGUAUAAUGAUUUUAAUAUAAUGAACUACAGCUGAAAACAGAUGUAACAGGAUCCAAGCACCUUGACAGAGUCUUCACCAACCUCGAAAUCUCAAAAUCAUUUGUGUUCAUUUAUUGUUUAUUUACCAGGAACAAAUCACCAUAAAUCAACAGAUAAAGGCCAAAUAUUAGUGAAGGGGGAGAAUAAUUGUGUCUGGGUACAUUUUUUUUCUCUUCUUUUGUUCACCUUUCAUUAAAAUAUUCUGGUUACACAAA